AUGGCAGUCGUGCAGAGGUUUCAGUCGGGACAAGACGUGGGACCUCCGGAUUGGUUGCUGUUGUUGUUGACUGGCAUGCUGUCGGUGCCGGGCGAGGGGGCGUGCGGUGCGGGCGCGCCGGGCGGGUCUGCGGGCGGUGCGGCGAGCGGCGCCGGGAGCGGCCCGCCCGCCGCCCGCCGCGGUGCCGCCUACACAAUCGACAACAUCCUCGGACAUCGCGCCGCACAAGAUAACAUCGAAAUGAAAUCUGAGAGCGGCACUCAAUCAGACUCCGAGCACGAGCACGAGCCGGAGCUGGAGCCGGAGCAGGAGCACGGGGAGCAGCUGGACGCGCUGGAUGCAAUGGACGCCAUGGACACCGGCAGACCUCGCAAGGUGCGCCGCAGCCGCACCACCUUCACCACGUACCAGCUGCACGAGCUGGAGCGCGCCUUCGACAAGACGCAGUACCCCGACGUGUUCACCCGCGAGGAGCUCGCGCUGCGCCUCGACCUCAGCGAGGCCCGCGUACAGGUAUGGUUCCAGAACCGACGUGCGAAGUGGCGUAAGCGAGAGAAGGCGCUGGGCCGCGAGCACGCGCCCUUCCUACACCACGAACACGGUGGUGAAUGGGGCGGCGAGUGGGGAGCCGGCGAGUGGUGGGCGCUGGGCCUGGGCGCGCUGCCGGCACCGCUGUGGCGCGACGCCCCGCCCGCCGCCGCCUUCCGCGCCUUACUGCACAGGUACGUGCUGGCGCUGCCGCCCGCGCCGCCCUCGCCCCGCCCGCGCUCUCCGUCCCCCGCGCGGCCCUCGCCCCCGCGAGACCCCGCGCCGCUGCAACAUGCCGCGCUGCACGCGCAGGCCCAGCACCCCCCGCAUCCUGCGCACCCCGCGCACCCCGCGCAUCCCUCGCCGCACCCCGCACUCGCCCUGCACCCGGACGCGCUGCGGUUGCGCGCGCACGAGGCGCUGCUGCACGACCGCUACAGCGGGCGAGUGCACACGUAA